AUGGACAAAACUUCUGGGAAUUCGUCUGGAAUUCCUGGAGGUCUUGAAGCAGGAAUUCUGUGGGCCUUAGGAUCGAACACGAGCGAAGAGAGGGACUGCGGGUCCAACAACGCCGAGUUGAGGGGAUGUGUCACAGUAGGAAAGAAAGAAGAAGGAACACAACUGGAUGAAGGAACGAAAGAUGACGUCACUGAGCAUUUUAAGUUGAACCGCACCGCCAGUGUCCAGGACAUGGUGACGGCACUGGAGGGUCAGCUGUCGAAGACCGUGGGACUCCACACGGGCAUGGGCUACGACACCUUCAAACGGUCACUCCAAGUUAGAGAUUCCUACUUCGCGGAGCGGUUCUUCAAGCUGUUCGACACUGAUCACAGUAACUCACUGGAGGUGCUCGAGCUGUUCGCCGCCAUCACACGUUUGAGACACGGCACAUGUACACAAAAACUCAAGUUCCUCUUUGACGUUUAUGACGAGAGUGGUGAUGGUUAUGUCGACAUCGAGGAGUUACGGACGGCGUUGCGGUCGUGUAUGGUGGAGAGCUCGGUGAAGCUGGGGGAGGAGGAACUGGACAUGCUGACUCAGGCAUUAUUUGAGGACGCAGAUGAAGACAAGAACGGAGAAAUUUCCUUCGAGGAACUUGAAUCUGCUAUUGAUAGACAUCCCGGGCUAAAGGAGAGUUUGUGUCUGAGCCUGGACCAGUGGCUGAAACCUCCACUAACAAGCAGAAAACAGACGUUGCUCCAGUACUAUUUCUCGAAGCAGUACUUCUUUAACAACCCCCGGAAGAUAUCCUUCUUCGCCAUGUUGAUGCUCCUCAACUGCAUCCUGUUUGCUGUGGGCUGCUGGAACUACCGGACAUCCAACUGGUGCAUCAUUGUAGCCAGAGGAUGCGGCCUCUGUCUCAACUUCGACUGCACCUUCAUAGUUGUCCUCAUGCUCCGGAAGUGCAUCACCUGGCUGCGUGCGACGCCUGCUAGCCACGUGCUUCCGCUCGACCAGCAUAUUAUAUUUCAUAAGCUAACGGGCAUCUUGAUAAUGCUGUUCACUGUGGUGCAUACCGCCUUGCACAUUGGAAACGCAGUCAUGGUAGCCGAGAGUCAGUACAACCUGACAGUGCCUGCCUUCAUCUUCACCACACAAGCGGACAUCGGCUGGGUGGCCGGCUUCGCUCCUCUCUCUGGUGUUCUGCUCGUCGUCGUCUUCGUCAUCAUGUUCAUCUGCUCUAUGCCCUUCGUCAGGAGAAGUGGCUAUUUUCAGGUUUUCUACUGGACUCACAUGUUGUACGUGAUCUUCUGGGUCUUCUUGAUUCUUCACGCACGCCAUUUCUGGAAGUGGUUCCUCGUGCCGGGCGCCAUGUUUAUUCUGGAGAAAAUAUCCCGGUCUAAAGUGAUCAAGAGAAUUUCUUACGGCAAUACCUUCAUAACGGAAAUCAACCUUCUGCCAUCUCAGGUGACUCAUCUUGUGAUCUCGAAGCCUCCCAAUAUGAAAUUCCGACCCGGGGACUAUGUGUUCCUGCAGAUCCCAGACAUCGCUAAAUAUGAGUGGCAUCCCUUUACCAUAAGCAGCGCCCCCGAACUGGAAGGCAAGCUAUGGGUGCACGUACGAUCCACUGGACAUUGGACUAACAAACUGAAUGACUAUUUCAAUGCCUAUGACGAACGAAGAAAUUCCACUAUGUAUUCUCAAAGUCACGACAACGGAGGUCUCCUGUCCCCGGUAGAGAUGCAGAGUCACACAUCUAUAACUGUUAAUAUGAAGCCGAUCAAUCUGGUAAACACCCCUUUAUCUUCAUCCCCGCCAGAGACCUACUCGGAGACCCCCUUUAAGAGACGAGACCGUGGCGCUGGUGAUACACACAAGGAUGUACACGUGCAGUGUUACAUGGACGGGCCUUAUGGCACUUGCUCUAGGGCAAUAUUUGAAACCGAGCACGCUGUUCUGAUUGGCUCCGGUAUCGGCGUGACUCCCUACGCCUCCAUCCUACAGAGCAUCAUGUACAGGUUCAAAGCCUACAAGAGAUGCUGCCCCAGCUGUACCCACUCCUGGUAUGAUGAAGUACCGCCACACGUCAUGAACCUCAAGAAGGUCGACUUCAUCUGGAUCAACCGUGACCAGAAGUCGUUCGAGUGGUUCGUCAGCCUUCUCACUCAGUUGGAAAUGGAACAGACUAUGGAAGGCGGGCUGGGCAACAUGAUCGAGAUGCACAUGUAUAUGACUGCAGCACUUAACAAGACGGACCUCAAAGGAAUCGGCUUACAGAUGGCCCUUGACCUCAUCCAUAAGAAACAAGACAAAGACCUGUUGACGGGGCUGAAAACACGCACACAGCCAGGGAGGCCCGACUUCAGAAAGCUGUUUGCCGAUAUUGCAAUGAAGAAGAAAGGACAAGUAAAAGUGUUUUUCUGCGGGAACCCUGUGUUGGCUAAAACUAUCAAACGACACUGUGAAUCUUUCGGCUUUGCUUUUUCAAAGGAGAAUUUUUGA